AUGUUUAUUCUAAAAACUUCAACUGCAAUAAUACAAAUCAAUUUUUUGAUUUUCGAAAGCGAGUUGCAUCAUAAGAAUUUAGCACAUCAACUGCCAGGGAUAUUCUCUUUUGCUCAUUACGUUGACGAUCCUACCUGUUUUAUUCCAACGAUUUCUGCGUUGUGCCUUUUAAUGAAAAGAAAGAAACAUUCUAAAAUGGUUAAGGACAUUAAUAUGAUAGGCGAAUCAUUAGGAAUUAGUAUGACUUCAUUUUACAGCAAGAGGUUGCAUUAUCUCUUCGCAAUUGUUUUGCUUUGCGAAAUCAUAUAUGAAUUAAGAACUGAAUGGCAUCACAUGAUUUAUUCUCCAUGUGUUUAUUUUUUUUAUAUAUUUGUUUACCUGAAAUGGCUGGUCAUAUGGCAAUUAGCAAAUUGGUUUGAUAUUCUCAGAUUUUAUUUUAAAGAGAUUUCAGAAAAGUUGAACGUUCAGAGUAUUGAGAAGUUAGUGAGCUAUCAUGAAGUUCUUAACUGUUGUUGUACAACAUUAUGGGAAUGUUAUAAAAUACAAAUGUCUAUGUUUGUAAUUUACAUUUUUAUUCUCUUUGUGUGUAACAUGUAUUUGGUUAUAGACUCCUAUUCUAACCACCAUAUUUUAAAUACGUAUCAUUACAUUUAUUUAUUUUGGGCGAUUUUAUAUAUCUCUUACAUUUGGCUCAUAGUGCACUCCUGUUCCACAACAAAGAAUAUGGCUAAGAAGUUUGAUAAAAAGUUGAAAAUAUUAAUACUAAAUGAUAGAACAAAUCAACUGAUAAGAAAUAAAAAGAUCAUUCUCCAUUUGAGAGCAAAGUGCAAUGUCUUUUCUUCUACUUUGGGAUUUUUCAACUUUGACUAUCCUCUACUCUUUUCUAUGUUGUCAUCUGCUACUACCUUCAUUGUAAUUUUAGUCCAAUUUUCUGGAAGAGAUUAAAAUAUUGACAAAGUUUAAGAUAAAAAUAACACUGGAAAUUCAAAUGUAAACAGAAAUUCAAAAAUUUAUGCCAAUUAUAAUGUAUGACAUUAUAUUUGAUGUAAUUUUAAUGAAAUAAAUAUUCUUACUGAUUGCAUAUCAAUACCAAGAAUGACAGAAGUGGAAAAAUCAUUAAAAUAUAUGUAAACUUAUAUAUUAAAUUAUUUAAUUUUAAAGUGACAAAUUAAUUAAACUAAAACUAAACUGAUAAUUUGAGCGUUGUUUGUUUUUUUAUUUAUUCAAUGGUACUUGUUAUUUAGCCCGUAGCCACGAUUGAAUAAGAAGGAAUUGCUCAAAAAUUCUUUAAGAUAAAUAAAUUCUAAGUACACCAUCGUAAAGUACACAAAUUUUAUAAAAUUUUAUUAAAUUUAGUGAGGUCAAUGAUAAAAGAUACUCCAAGUUAACUAAGGUCAAUGAAAAAAGGAGGUCUAAUACGGCCGCUGUACUGCUGUAGUUACAGUACCCAUACACCUGGAGCUUAUCUCUCUACAGAGGCUAUAUUAGACCUCAUGAAAAUCCCAUUUAUCAUUGACCUUACUAAAUGCAACCAGUUUUUAAAAAAGUCAACUUUAUGAUG